GUGGACGGAGAGGGAGUACCUGAGUUCCCUCGCGCUCUCUCCCUCAGCUAAACGGGUCAGUGCUUUCUUGUGUGGGUGAAAGUUGUUUCACUUUUGAUUGUCCUCUGAAUUAUCAUUUGUUAAGUCAGAGGUGUUGGGAGAAAAAAAAACGAAACUUGACGAUUUCUACAUGAAGCUUCCCCGCGGCUCCUGAUCGGCCAGCCCCACGAUGCGCCGCCACGUCUGGAGGAUUCUUGUGCCGCCCUUGCUCCUGUUCUCCCUCUUCGCUGCUCACGUCGCCCCGUCAGACCCCCAGCGUGGACCCCGGGAGAGAGGAGUGGCUCUGGACGACGAUCUGCCGACGAUACCUGACGUGGCAGAGGGGGGAGGAGAGGAGGGGGAGGGGGAGGAUGAGGAUCAUGUAUCGGUUGAGGAAGAAGCGAGUGAUUUGGCUACCCUGAAGGAGGAGCUGAACCAAGGGCGCAACGGGUCUUGGACGAGGGAGAGCCUCGUCCAAGGGAACGACCUCGGGAAUUCGGCGACGAGACUCUUCGGGGCCGCUGAGGAGGCGUUUUCGGUGACGGUGACGGAGGCGCAGAAGAGGAACUCGACGGGGGCGGCGCGGCGGUGGGGGAGUCACCCGCUGCCGCCGCUGCAGGAGUACAUCGCCAGACGGAGCGACGGCGGCGCCAGGUGGACCGCGUACUUCCACGACCAGGCCAUCGCCAUCAUCCAGCAGACCAGCGAGGGAACCGUGCUCAACUGCACGCUGCAGGAGGUCAUUCAGGUGUGGGAGCAGCGAGAGGCCCUGGCGUACCUCGGCCAUGUAAUGCCCCUUGUGCCCGUGCCCUUCCAGCAUAUGGUCCAUCUAGUGACACUCUGUGGCACCUUCACUCCCUAUCAACCGCAGCCGAUUACCGCCCAACAGACUCCGGCCAACAAGUUAUGGUGGCUGGACAUGUCGGCGUUACAGGGCAUCCUCCCAGGGACGCUAUGGUGCGGGAUGGGCGACCAGGCAGCCACCUACCACCAGCUGGGUCCUCGUCGACAGCUGGAUUCCUGCUGCCGGGCGCACGACCACUGCCCCAUCAAGCUGAGGCCCAUGAUGACGCGCUAUGGGCUGACGAAUUACGGGUUCAAGACCAUGUCCCAUUGCUCGUGCGAUCUGGAGUUCUACCGUUGCCUGAAGGCGGCCGGGGACAGCGUGGCCACCAUGGUCGGCCAGGUGUACUUCAACUACCUCAAGAUGGAGUGCAUCGACGUCCCGAGUCCCAAAAGCUGCUACUCCCCUUCCGUGACGAUAAGAACUCUCAACGCCCCUUUCCCCUCUGAGACGGCAACAGAAGCUCCUCCUCCUCCUUCUCCCUUCCCCGCGACGUCGGGAACGGAGACGAGAGAUGCACAGGAGAGGACGAAAAAUAAGAAUAAGAAGAAUAAGAACAAGGGAAGGAGGAGGCCCAGGUUGUCGUGUCUCCGUCGGGAUGCUGAAGGAGGGUGUCGCUUCUGGCUGCCCAACCCCAAGGGCUUCACGACGCGGCUUCAGAUUGUCAAGACGUCGCUGAAUUUUUAGCGGGAUGAGGCGGGUUUUUAGGAUCUAGCUUUUUAAUCAUUUAUUUAUUUACAUAUUUAUUAUUAAUAUUAUUAUUAUUAUUAUUAUUAUUAUUAUUCUUUUUUUGCUAUUAUUGCUAUUAAUUUUAUUAUUACGAUUAUUCUUUUAGUACAGCCAAACCAAAUAUUAUAGAAGGGACAUUUAAAUACUCUAUUUCUUUUCACGCUAGCCUAAUGAUACUGAUAGGUUGCUGAGAAAAGUAAUAGAAAAAUAGGACAGAUAAUCCUGUGUAUUUAUGCGAGUUUUAGAAUGAUUUUGGAAUGAGAAUGAGACUGACCGUGUUUUAGGUUUCCCAUUUUAGAAGACUGUGAUAUAACAUUGUGAUUAGGACAAAAGCUGUAAACGUCUAGGUUCCUUUAAAAGAAAAUUUUAUUUUUUUAAUGUGUAUAAGCCUAGGUGAACAAAAGACAGUCGAAUGUCAACAUAGACAGAAGACUGUGUGUUGUGCAUAUAUUUUUUCACCGAAGUGUGCCAGGUGCGCAUCCCCGUGCAGGUCGAGCAGGUUCUUGUCGCUGUAUACUUCAUAUUUUGUCGUAAUAAAUGUAUGGAAUAAG